UCAGGCGGCGCGCCCUGAUUGGUCGGCACAGACCGGCCCCUUCCUCCUAGCUCCACGCUUUCAGGGCGUUGCAUCACCUCUGGACACCUCUGGUGUAGCUGCGGCUCCUUUCGGGGUGCUCCAGCCCGGAGGCCCCUCAGUAACAAAAUGGUUCAACAAGUGCCAGAAAACAUCGAUUUUCCUGCUGAAGAAGAGAAAAUCUUGCAGUUUUGGUCCGAAUAUAAUUGUUUUCAAGAAUGCUUAAAGCAAUCAAAACAUAAGCCAAAAUUUACCUUCUAUGAUGGGCCUCCUUUUGCAACUGGACUGCCUCACUAUGGACAUAUACUUGCAGGGACAAUUAAAGAUAUAGUUACAAGAUACGCUCACCAGAGUGGGUUUCACGUUGACAGAAGAUUUGGAUGGGAUUGUCAUGGUUUACCUGUGGAAUACGAAAUUGAUAAGACACUGGAAAUCAGAGGACCAGAGGAUGUAGCCAAAUUGGGGAUUGCAGAGUAUAACAGCCAGUGCCGAGCAAUUGUGAUGCGAUAUUCUGCUGAGUGGAAGUCUACUAUUACCAGACUUGGUCGAUGGAUUGACUUUGACAAUGACUACAAAACUCUGUAUCCACAAUUCAUGGAAUCCGUAUGGUGGGUCUUCAAACAACUCUACAAUAAAGGCCUUGUUUACAGAGGUGUGAAAGUCAUGCCCUUCUCCACUGCAUGCAACACUCCGCUCUCCAACUUUGAAUCUCACCAGAAUUACAAGGAUGUUCAAGAUCCUUCAAUAUUUGUAACUUUCCCUUUGGAGGAAGAUGAAAACGUGUCCUUGGUUGCUUGGACGACAACUCCCUGGACUCUGCCUAGUAACCUUGCCCUGUGUGUUAAUCCAGAUAUGCAGUAUGUGAAAAUUAAAGAUGUUGCCAGAGGAAAAUUACACAUUUUAAUGGAAGCCAGAUUACCAGCCCUCUAUAAAUUAGAGAGUGACUAUGAGAUCCUUGAAAGAUUUCCUGGUGCCUAUCUCAAAGGCAAGAAAUACAGGCCUCUGUUCGACUACUUUGUGAAGUAUAAAGAGAACGGUGCCUUUACUGUGCUGGUUGACAACUAUGUGAAGGAGGAAGAAGGCACUGGGGUUGUACACCAAGCUCCGUACUUCGGUGCUGAUGACUAUCGGGUCUGCAUGGACUUCAACAUCAUCCAGAAAGACUCUCUCCCUAUUUGCCCUGUGGAUGCUUCGGGCUGCUUCACGGCGGAAGUGACGGAUUUUGCAGGACAAUAUGUGAAGGAUGCUGACAAAAAUAUCAUCCGGACCCUGAAGGAGCAAGGCCGACUGCUUGUUGCCAGCACUUUCACCCACAGCUACCCUUUCUGCUGGAGGUCAGACACUCCCCUCAUUUACAAAGCAGUGCCCAGCUGGUUCAUCCGAGUGGAGCACAUGGUGGACCAGCUGCUGAGGAACAACGAUCUGUGUUACUGGGUCCCAGAGUUUGUUCGAGAAAAGCGAUUUGGAAAUUGGCUAAAAGAUGCACGUGACUGGGCAAUUUCCAGAAACAGAUACUGGGGCACCCCGAUCCCACUGUGGGUCAGUGAUGACUUCGAGGAGGUAGUAUGCAUUGGGUCAGUGGCUGAGCUUGAAGAACUGUCAGGAGUGAAGAUCUCAGAUCUCCACAGAGAGAGCAUUGACCAUUUGACCAUUCCUUCACGCUGUGGGAAGGGACUGCUGCGUCGCGUCUCUGAAGUGUUUGACUGUUGGUUCGAGAGUGGCAGCAUGCCCUAUGCUCAGAUUCAUUAUCCAUUUGAAAACAAGAGGGACUUUGAGGAUGCAUUUCCUGCAGACUUCAUUGCUGAAGGCAUUGACCAGACCCGAGGAUGGUUUUACACCCUGCUGGUGCUGGCCACAGCUCUCUUUGGACGGCCGCCAUUCAAAAACGUGAUCGUGAACGGGCUCGUCCUGGCAAGUGAUGGCCAAAAAAUGAGCAAACGAAAAAAGAACUACCCAGACCCACUUUCAAUCAUCCAUAAAUACGGUGCCGACGCCCUCAGAUUAUAUCUGAUUAACUCCCCUGUGGUGAGAGCAGAAAACCUCCGCUUUAAGGAAGAGGGUGUCCGAGAUGUCCUGAAGGAUGUCCUGCUCCCUUGGUACAACGCCUAUCGCUUCUUCAUCCAGAACGUCCUGCGGCUACAGAAGGAGGAAGAAAUGGAGUUCCUUUACAAAGAGAACAUGGUUAAAGAAAGUGCCAACAUCACGGACCGGUGGAUCCUGUCCUUUAUGCAGUCACUUGUUGGGUUCUUUGAGACGGAAAUGGCAGCUUACAGGCUCUAUACCGUGGUUCCUCGCCUGGUCAAGUUUGUGGAUGUUCUGACUAAUUGGUAUGUCAGGAUGAACCGCAGGCGAUUAAAGGGUGAAAAUGGGGUAGAGGAUUGUGUUCUGGCCCUGGAAACCUUGUUUAGUGUUCUGCUCUCUCUGUGCAGACUCAUGGCCCCCUAUACCCCUUUUCUUACUGAAUUGAUGUACCAGAAUCUAAAGCUGCUGAUUGACCCUGUUUCUGUCCGGGACAAGGACACAUUGAGUAUCCACUACCUCAUGCUGCCCCCUGUUAGAGAGGAGCUGAUUGACAAGAAAACCGAGAGUGCAGUGUCUAGAAUGCAGUCUGUGAUUGAACUUGGGCGAGUGAUUCGAGACCGCAAAACUAUUCCAAUAAAGUAUCCUUUGAAAGAAAUUGUAGUAAUCCAUCAGGACCCGGAAGCUCUUAAUGAAAUUAAGUCUCUGGAGAAGUAUAUCAUUGAGGAAUUGAAUGUUCGAAAAGUUACGCUGUCUACAGAUAAAAACAAGUAUGGCAUUCGCCUGAGGGCGGAGCCAGAUCACAUGGUCUUAGGGAAGCGUCUGAAGGGAGCCUUCAAGAUGGUGAUGACAUCCAUCAAGCAGCUGAGCAGUGAGGAGCUGGAGCGGUUCCAGGAGAGUGGGACCAUUGUCGUGGAAGGCCAUGAACUGCACGAAGAAGACAUCCGUCUCAUGUACACCUUUGAUCAGGCUGCAGGUGAAACGACACAGUUUGAAGCUCACUCAGAUGCGCAGGCUUUGGUUCUCUUAGACGUCACCCCUGACCAGGCAAUGGUGGAUGAAGGAAUGGCUCGGGAAGUCAUCAAUCGCAUCCAGAAACUCCGCAAAAAGUGCAAUCUCGUUCCAACUGAUGAAAUAACAGUUUAUUAUAAAGCAAAUUCUGAAGGAAAGUAUCUGAAUAAUGUUAUCAAAAGCCACACAGAGUUCAUAUUUGCCACCAUAAAGUCUCCUUUGAAACCAUAUCCUGUUCCUACAUCAGAUAAAAUCCUUAUUCAAGAAAAAAUGCAGUUAAAAGGGUCUGACCUGGAACUUACACUCACCAGAGGAUCAUCCACGCCUGGCCCAGCUUGUGCGUAUGUCAAUCUUAACAUCUGUACAAAUGGCAGUGAGCAGAAUAAGAGUGGAGUAUUGCUUCUGGAAAAUCCAAAAGGCGAUAAUAGGUUGGACCUUUUAAAGCUGAAGAAUGUUGUUACUAGCAUUUUUGAUGUAAAAAACACAGAGCUGGCUGUCUUCCAUGGUGAAACAGAAAUAAAGAACCAAACCAACUUACUGAGUCUGAAUGGAAAAACACUUUGUGUGACCGGAGGAUCAACUCCCGCUGUGAUCGACAGUCCUAGUGCUCUUCUCUGUCAAUAUAUCAACCUGCAGCUCUUGAAUGCAGACCCCCAAGUCUUUAGUGAACCUGUGCCCCUGGGCUGUGACCGUCACAGGUGUCAGCUUUUUACUAUUUCCUCUUUAUAUGGGAAAGGAAGGUUACAGGGGGUAGAGCUGACCAUUUCCCUUUCCCCAGUGUCAGGGCCUCAUCGUCUGUUGAGAACAGCCUGUCUGCAGCCUGUAUCCCUCCGCCAAGACUGUCUUCAUGAACAGCCCCUUGAUGCUGUUCUCCUGCUCAGAUCCUCCAAGGCUCACCAUUGUCUAAUGCUUCAGGGUCUGCACAAGACUUUUUCACUCUCCGACACAGUUGGUUCUUUCAUUACGAAAAUGAUUUCUUUAAAGCUUUUUCUUUCCAUUCUAGAAAUUACAGAAGAAAUCCCCAUGAAGAGUUUGAACACGAAGACUGUGUAUGUUUCUGUGUUACCGACGACAGCAGACUUCUAACAUUGUUAUCAGUGUGUUUCAGUCAGCCUUUCCCUGGCACAUCCCUGUCCCCUGCGCGCGUGUGCGUGUGCGCACACACACAUACACACACAGAAGAUAUUUCCUUCAGGUGCAUGUAUAAUAUGCUGCUUUUGGUCUAAAAUUGAAAUGGGAUUGAUUCAUCAGGUGACUUGAGAAUUUACAGUAGUAUUCACACUCAACCUUAAACACCUAUGCAUUCAUGCUGGGGGGAGUUACAAUGUUACCUCAGCACUUCACAGUAUAUUUCUGUACUUGAAUUUUUAAGUAUAGAACACAGAAGUGGUUUAAAUGGUACAGUAUAUAUAUUAUAUCAUCCUAUGGCCUUUCAAAACUUAUUUGAGAUCACUUGAAGGAAUGGACAAUGUUAUAUAUUUUCGCUACCUGCGUUUUCCUGCAUAAUUUGAUGGAAUAUUUUAAGUUUCAGUAAAUCAAACCAAUAAACUUUCUCUCAGAUAAUACAUAUGUUAGAAGUAAUUCAUUCUCCCAUAGUUCAGUGACACUUGGAAUUUGUAAUCUUUAAAGAACACAAAAGCUUAACAGUAACUCCUGCAUAUAUAAGACAGUAGACUUAAACAUCUAAUUUGACUUCUUCCCAAAAUCCUUUGUCAAAGAAGCACAUGCCAAGACAAAAUUAGAUGUGCAAGAAUUUAUUGGGGGAAACAUACAUAAAAGAUAAAGGAGAGAGGGAGAGGGCAAAGGGAGAGGCAGCCUUCAGAAAGAGUCCAGAGUUAGGCAGAAAUGACCUGGCUUUGUGCUCGAGCCUUGCUCACUCAGGGGCUGGGAGCAGCUGGGGGGACCGUGACCUCAGCAUAAUUGAUCUGUGGAUCUGAAAAUGUGGUAGCUAGGGGCUGCCAAUCAGCUGUACCCCUUACAUCAGAUUCUCCUGAAAGGAGCUCUGAAUGAUACAUCUCUGGCUGCUGGAGUAAGUGCAUUCAAAUCCAAACCCACAAAAUUGGAGGAAACCGAACAAAAUAACAGGUGUUGUCAAGGAUCAGAGAAACUGGAACCCUUCUGCACUGUUGGUAGGAAUGUAAAGUCUUACGGUCACUAUGGAAAUCAGUAUAGAGGUUCUCAAAAAUUAAAAGUAGAAUUAUCAUAUGAUCCAGCAAUCCAUUUCUGGGUAUAUAUCCAAAAGAAUUGAAAGCAGAUUUUUGAAGAGAUAUUUGCACACUCAGCUUCAUUGCAGCAUUAUUCACAACAGCCAAGAGAUGGAGCUACCCAAAUGUCCACUGGGGGAUAAACAGAUAAGGGAAAUGUAAUAUAUACAUACAACUGAAUAUUAUUCAGACUUUAAAAAGAAUGAGCCUUGAGGACAUUAAACAAAGUGAAAUAACCCCGUCACAAAAAGACAAGUGCUGUGUGAUUCCACUUGUUUUAAGGUACCUAGAAUAAUCAUAUUCACUGAAACAAAAUGCUGCAGGGAGAGAAAUGGGGAGCUGCUGGAUGGGAAUAGUUUCAGUUUUGCAAGAAGGAAAAGUUCUAGAAGUCUCUUGCACAGCCAUGUGAAUAUAGUUAACACUGCUAAACUGGAUCCUUAGAAAUAGCUAAGUUGGUAAAUUUUAUGUUAUUUUUACCAAUUAAGAGUUUUUUUAAAUGUCAAAGGAAUAGAAGCCAAACUCAAAGAGCUCCCAGUGGCCAAAGCUGAAACAAUUUGAACAAAAAUAUAAUUUAGUAUUGAAUUAAAAUCCAAAGUACAAAAUAAAUAUCCAUGAGUACGUGCUGAUAUAAAUGAUUGAAUAAACAGAAAUGAGGCAAAUCUCCUGUAUAAAAUUCCAAAUAAUUUGUAUAGAUACUUCCUCUCAAUGUGGUGUACAUUAAAUCUGCACACCUUGAGAGUGGGCUAUACUUCAUGAAUUCAGAAGAGUAUGGAAAGGGGGCAGAUAGUAACUUCACAGUUUAGAAACCUGGCAGACUCUACCUGGGGCAGGUUAAUACCAGUCAUGAUAGCGCACACUCUCGCUAGGACUUGGUGAGAUUGGUACUUGACAUCUGGUUGUCCUCUCAAGCACUUACAACCCCAGUCUCACCAUGAGAAAAACAGGGCAAACCCAAAGUGAGAGACAUUCUACCAGUACCUGACUCUUCAAAAUUCAAGGUUAUCAAAAACAAAGAAUGUUUGAGAAACUCACAGACCGGAGGGGACAAAGCAGAUAUAAUGGCUAAAUAUGAUGUGGCGUUGUAGAUGUGAUCUAGGAACAGAAAAAGGUCUAAAGAGGAAAACGUAUGAGAUCCAAAUAAAGUACAGAGGUUAGUUAACAAUAUUGUAUCAUUGUUGAUUUAAUAAUUGUGAUGAAAAAUGUACCAUGAUAAUGUAAGAUGUUUACAGUAGGGCAAACUGUGUGUGGAAUAUGUGGAAACUGUACUGUCUUUUCUAUAAAUCUGAAACUAUUCUAAAAUUAAAAGGUUUUCUUUUAAUAAAUAGAAAAUGUGAAAUUUAAAAUCUAUUUGUAAUAGCAUCAAAAAAUAUGAAAUACUCAGGGAUAAAUUUGACCAAAGAUGUGCAGUAACUAUAACCUGAAAAUUAUAAAAUAUUUCUCAGAGAUAAUAAAACCUAUGUAAUUGAAAGAGGUAUGUUUGUAUUAGCUUGGGCUGCCAAUAACAAAAUGCCGCAGGCUGGGUGGCUUAGACAGCAGACUUAUUUUCUUAACAGUUCUGGAGGCUGAUAGUCCAGCAUCAGCAAGUCUGCAAGUAUGGGUUCUCCUGAGGGUUCUUACUGUGUCAUCAUGUCAUCGUGUCCUCACAUGGCUUCUCUGGGUGUGUGAACUCCUGGUGUCUUUUCUUGUCAGGGCACUGGUCCUGUUGGAUUAGGGCCCCACCCUCACGACCUCAUUUAACUUAAUUACAUUUAUAAAGGAUCUACCCCCAAAUACAGUCACAUGGGCAGUAGAUCGUCAACAUUUGAAUUUUGAGAAAAUAACUCAGUUCACAACAAUUUUCAUGGAUUCAAAGACUCAGUAUUGUUAAAUUAAGCUAACGAUGCUCCCAAGUUGAUCUAUAGAUUUGAUGUGAUCCCAAACAAAAUCCCCGGAGGAUUUUUUUAAGUAACAUUAGUUCAUUAUAAAUUUUAUGUAGAAAUGCAGAGGCUUUUAAGACCCAAAUAAAUUUUACAAAGUUGGAGGAUUUGAAUAACCUGAUAUUACAAGAUUUAUAGAACUAAAUAAUUAAGACUGGAAUUGGCAUAAAGGUAACAAAUAGAUCAUUAGGGCAGAACAGAAUCCAGAAAUAGACCUACACAUAUAUUUUUAAUUAAUUUUUUUUAAUGAUUCCAAGGACGACAAUGGGAAAAGGAUAAACUUUUCCCCGACAUGGUGCUGGAAUGAGAGGAUUGUCACAGACGUAGACACAAAGAGAACCUUGAUCUAUACCUCUCCAUAUGGU